CCCUGAAUCUACUUGAUUUAUCCUAAAUAUAAGCAAAGCUUCUGACACGGCAGGCGGUGUUAUUUAUCAAAACCCUAUUCGGAGUUUUGCUCGCUGUUUUUGUGAGUUCUUAAUUUCAGAAAGAUCCAAUCUUUUCCUUUUGUUUUUAUUUAUUGUGAUGAUAAAAUUGAUUCUGUGUGGGUUAAUUCGGUUAAGGGUGUUCAAAAUUUGGCAAAAACAGGAUUUUUGUAUUUCUGGAAUUGAGUAAUCGCUGAUGAUGAGAAGCAUAAAGGCCAUAAGCAGCGACGACGUUUAUGCGCAUGGGUUGUCGUUGGGAUGAGGAAUGUGCCAAUAUGCUAAUCUGAGGCCCCCUUUUCUCUCUGUCUCUUUAAAACUCUGUUUUUAACAUCAUAAACCAGUAUAUACUGUUUGUUUGGCAAGAAAAGAAAAGAGUUUGUGGCAACAAUUAGGCUUAUUUCAUCCUUUGGGGCGAUUGGGCUUUAGAGGCAGUAAUUUUGGUGCAGCGUGAGGCAUGCAUGAACCAGUGCUCGUAUAUGAACCUGAAAGUGAAACCAACGAGAAGCAAAAUGAAAAGAAAAGAAAAGAAAAAAAUAGAGAGCCUAGAAGUUUCAUACAAGUGGCAUCCCAAUUUGGGAAUUUUGAUCCUUUCCGACAAGUUUUCUACGGGAUAGAGAUUUCCCGGCGAAUUUUGUUCUUCUUGCCGACAAACAUAUAGAUUGCAAGGUGUAAGACUGGUAAGUUGAAGAAGGAUAGUUGUCUUCUUGUGUGGUUUGACUUGCAGGUUUAAAGUGAAGAGUUGGUAGAAGUGUUUGUACAUAAUAUCUUCAAAUGCUUGCUUCCAGGUUAAGAAAGCUCACGCUGCCUGCCUGCCGGCCUCUCUCUCUUCCCACUUCCCACAUUUUUUGUUUAUAUACAUUCAACUAAACUUGUUUAGUUCGGCUUUGGUUUUCUGUUUUUACUAGGAUCAUCAGAUUCAGCUACACCUCCAGACUUGAAGGUUCUCUUCUCUUUUGCUGGGCAGUUGGCACUCUGAGAUAAAGGGUUAGUUAUGGGACCUGGCGGACCUGGCGGACCUGGCGGACCUGGCGGUGGAGGUGGAGGGCCAGGAGGAGGUGGCUGGGGAGGCCCUGGGCCUGGAGGACCUGGUGGCUGGGGAGGCCCUGGACCUGGAGGACCUGGUGGCUGGGGAGGCCCGGGACCUGGAGGACCUGGUGGCUGGGGCCCCGGGCCUGGGGGGCCAUGGGGUGGCGGUGGUUUCUGGGGUGGACCUGGCUUUUUUGGGGGGUUUGGUGAUGGAUUAUGCAACCUGGUAUCUUCUUGCUUCUACUGCUUGUGCUGCUGUGGUUUGCUCCAAGAAUGCUUUGGCGGCCCUCGUGGCGGAUAUGGUCCUCCCGGACCUCCUCCUUUCUGAUCCAGUGUGUUUUGAAGUUGGCUGUUAUUUUUAGCUUUGGAGCCAUGUUUAUGUUAAAGUUGCUGAGUUUAUGUUUAUUUGAUUCCCUGAGUGAAAGUUUAACGUGAAUUCCGAAUCAUCUUUUCAAA